AGGCGAAUCAUGAAGCAGCCAAGAGCCUCGUCACAGUGAAAGCUACCAUUGUGAGUUCCUACACGCUUGGGAGGAGCGUAGUUGGGAGAGCCGGUGGAGAAGGAAGGGGAAGAAACCCUGAAGCCGGGGUUAGCCAUCAGAGGGAGGGCAAAGGUUUUGUGAAAGCUGAAGAGUCUCUGGUUAAACCCUCUUGCUGCAGCUAACAUGCCUAUUUCAGAAAUUGCGAGGAUGAAACCCCACUUUCUUAUAUUUCAUCAAAACGACAGCGCUGUCAAUUUGCAUUUAUAUUAAUAGAGUUUUUUGGGGUUGUAGUUAAAGAUAUUUUUAUAGUCCUCAGCCUUUUGGGUAGCUUAUAAAUCUAUCCUCAACGUUUGGGGCGAGAGGGAAAGUGGAUUUAGCUAUUCAGGAAAACUCAAAUGUCUACCACAGUUACCUCCGUUUUGCACAUCUCUGUAAAUCCCAAAUUCCUCUUCACAGAAAGCUUCUGUAUCUCAUCUCCGGCAUGCCUAAAACCCUUUUAUUACAGAGGCAGGACUUCAAAGCCUUUGCAUUUGGUAGUGAAAUGCAGUGGGAAUUCAGGGCAGGGAGCAACGGGGGACAGUUUGAACGAUGCUUUGUCUGGUAUGGUGGAUGAACAAGUAGAAGAACUUUUGAACAGAGAAGAAAACAGAGGUUUGCUUGAUGGGUUGGAGCAGGCCUCACUGAGAGUGGAGAAGGCUAGGAGAGAGCUUGCAGAGAUUGAAAAACAACAGCUUGAGGCAAAAUUGUUGAGGGAUUACGUCAACCAGCUUGAAGCUAGAGCGGCUGAGAUUGCAGAGUGUCAACAAGAGAUCUCAGAAGCACGAGAAAUGGUUGAAGCAGCAGGACGUUCUCUUUUGCUAGAUGCGGAAGGAGCUGGUGGUAAAGAAGCUUUCAUAGAGAAUGGGAGUGGAGAAAUUGAUAAAGAUAAAGAGAGAUGGGAGUCUGUAAAAGCAGCUUUCAUAUCUGCAGUAAUUGGCACCCUUGCAUCCCUACCUAUCUCCUUCACUCAAGUGACCAACAGUACUGAGUUGAUACUCCCCAUAGCAAUCACAUCUAUUAGCUGUGCCUUAUUUGGUGUCACCUUUCGCUACACAGUAAGAAGAGACUUGGAUAAUAUUCAGCUAAAGACAGGGACAUCUGCCGCUUUUGGUGUUGUAAAAGGUCUUGCUACACUUGGUGGAGGACCACCAUUGGAACUAAACCCUGCAAGCAUCUUCUCACAUGCUUUUGAUGGGGCGCUAUACGUGUCCCAGAAUUUGUUCAUUUUUAUCUUUGCUGCUGUAGGUUUGGAUUUUUGUUUUAAAACGAGGCUUUUAAGUUCCUUUCCCAUGAAAAAAAUCAUCUCCAGAGACUAAUUAAAGGUAAGAAGCCUUUAGCUGGAGCUAAAAUUACUGUAUACACUACGUUGAACUGCAGUAUGUGUUACAACAAUGAUAGCUUCCAUUUUCUUAUGGGAAAUGAGGUACACAAUACAUUUUGUGUCAAAAU